UUUUCCUGAGAGAUGCGACACUGUCGGGAAGGACCCCAACACGGACCUCGGAACUAAAAAGAAGCAGGAAGCACCCUUAAGGAGAGAAGGAGUGAAAGUCGUAGAUCGCACUGCGCAUGCCCCGCUUCCCCAUCUUGCUGGCGUCUCGCCGUGGAUAAAGGGAAUAUAUUCUAUGACUUUUGAUUGGUUAAGUGUCUCUUCUUUCCCUCCAAUCCGCUUCUCCCUCUCUUCCCCACCCACUGGGAAGAGAAGCAGUGCCCCGCGCGGGUCGUAACCGCUAAAUGAAGCGUUUUCCUGCGGACGGGCUCCUCGAUGCUGAGUUAGAAGAGACUUAAAACAAACCCCCGGAUCCCACGCAUCGUUUUACGGGUGAGGACACCGAAGCCUCGAGAGGCUACGGCCCAGGUAGAAGGUCCCCUGACUCCAGCCCCAUUGCUCUUGCUGCCGAGCCAGAGAAAGAUUUAGGGAUCGUAACGGAUUUGAAGAUGUCUGACAAGACCAAGAAAAAAGCAGCUAUCAAAGCUUCAAUUAUUGAGCAACUACUGAUAGAAAAGAAUUUCCAGGAUCUUGGAGAUCACCUGACUGAAUUAGAAACAAUUCAAAUAAAUUUAGAGCAUCUCCAAGAGACAGAUGUUGUAAGAGCUGUAUAUAGAGUUUUGAAACAUUGUCCUAUAGUGAUUUUCAAAACGAAAGCUAGGUGUUUACUUUCCAAGUGGAAAACACUUUAUAAAAAUCACUACUUUCAGCCAAUAAACAGUUCUAAUUUUUAUCUUGAAGAUAGUAAGGAAAAAACUGAACAUGUUAAUCUAGGUCAAGAAGAAAAUUCCCCAAGCCAAAGUCAAGAACAGACAUUAGAUAUAGCAAAUUCUAACUCUGUGUUACUUUCCCAAGAUGUUGCAAAAGAUAAUAAACUAUUUGUGCCAGAAAACAGUGCUGCUCCAGUGGAAGAACAUUCAGAAGACCCUAAAUCUAUUGGCAGCAAAUCAACUUGGCAUCAAGAUCCUACAAGAGCUAAAUGUGUAGAACUUCUUUAUGGAGCCUUAGUCUCUUAUGCCACAGAUCAGCAGAAAACUGAUCAUUGUCAAAAAUUGGCAAAAGAAAUUGAGGGACAUAUUUUUGCGCUCUAUUCAAAAAAUCUUAAAAAAUAUAAAAACUGCAUCAGAAGCAAAUUGUCAAAUUUGAAGAACCAAAAAAAUUCUCAUUUACAACAAAAUCUGUUUUCUGGGGCCUUAUCUCCAAAAGAAUUUGCUGAAAUGACAGUCAUGGAAAUGGCAAAUGAUGAAUUAAAGCAGUUGAGGGCUUCAUACACAAAGUCCUGUAUACAAGAACAUUAUUUUCCUCAAGCGAUUGAUGGCACACAAACAAACAAAAUAAAAUGUAGGCGUUGUGAGAAAUUUAAUUGCAAGGUCACCGUGAUUGCUAGAGGUAUACUUUUCCUUCCAAGUUGGGUUCGCAGUGCAAACCCAGACGAACAAAUGAUGACCUAUGUCAUUUGUAAUGAAUGUGGGGAACAAUGGUACUACAGCAAGUGGAUUUGCACGUGAUUGUGAAGAAAUAUUAACAAAUUUUAAAAGAUAAUUUUUUAUAAAGUGCUUGAGAAACAUUU